AUGAAUUUAAGUAGUAGCGCAUGGCAAUUCAACCCCAUUGCGACCUCAUGGCCUGCAAACGUACUCCCGAAUCUUGGUUUCUGGAGCGCAACGAAUGGAUCGUGGGAAUACCAAAUCCAGCUCUCCUGGCCGCUUAAUUGGACUAGCCGCGAGGAAACGUCCGUGGUGGAAACGAUGUACAUUCUAGACGGCAACGCGCUCGGCCUCACCGCCACCGAGUCCCUGCGUCAACGCCGCCCCGUCGAGUUCAACAUGCCAGAUUGCAUCGUGGUUAGCAUCGGGUACCCCGAGACGCUGCCGGACUCGCCGUAUAGCAGCCAGCGCAGCUACGAGUUUCAACCGCCCAUGUGCGAGGGGUGUCCCGCACCGACAAUCCCAGGUGUGGCUUCGAAUGCAGAUAGUUUUAUCGAGUUCAUUGAUACAGCACUGCGACCUUGGAUCCGCGGUAGUGCGUUCCCGAAAGCGGACUUCGAUCGCGAUGCAUUGUAUGGGCAUUCAUUCGGGGGGUUGUUCGUGCUCUAUGCACUUACCGUUCGACCGGGUUUGUUUGAUACGUUUCUGAGUGCGUCGCCUGCGCUCACCUUCAAUGAUGGUUAUGUGUUUAAUUAUAAGGCGUUUCUGGCGCCACUGGUGACGCCUGAUUCUGCAAAUACGACGGCGAAUGGGACGAAGCCGGCGUUCCAGAUUAGCUAUGGGGCGCUGGAGCAGGAUCCCGUUCAGAGACGAACGGAGACGGAUGAGGAGUUUGAAUUUAGAAAGGGUAUUCUUGUUGCGCAGCAGAUGACGAAUUUGUCUCGGAAAUUGUAUAGUGUGCUAGAAGGAAGUCCCGCGUUGAGGGAUGUCAGUCUUCAUGAGUAUCCGUUUAGCGAUCAUGCUGCUGUUGGGGCGGCAGCAUUGGCAGACGGGAUUGACUAUUUCUUGGAUUGGUGUUCGGCAAAGUAUUGCUAG